AUGGCAGAACCUACGAGGAUAGCCGUCACCACCAACGGAGGCUCCCCUUACGUCCCCCCAGAGGGAACCCUCAGCUCGGACACAUUGACCAGAGUGCCCAGGGAACAGACAGGUGCAGUUGUGGGGCGGAGUAUCAUGCCCACAGAGAUGCCCCCCAUGAGCAGGGGGCCUGAGGGGAUAUCACAGAUGGAGCCUUUCUCUGAGACAGACACCAGCAUUGCUCACUUCUCAGUGGCCUCAGCUGAUGGGACCUCAUCUUCAACAGUCUCUGCCACGUUACCUGAGAGAAGCGCUUCCUCUCUGGCUACCGUGACCUCACCUCCAACCUCUGACCUGCUGAAAACCCUGGACAUGGUGGGCACAAGCUUGGCACCAGGAACCAACUCACCUCCAAGUUCAACCAGCCCCACAGUUGACAUGCAAGUCACUUCUGAAGUCACCACAGAUCAGGGGGAAAUUCACCUUUCCCAGACCACAGCUGUGCCCCAGGAUGGGACCAACAGUGCUGGACAGGAAACGCUGUCCUCAGUGUCACCUGACGAGGAGCCACCUAAAGUUACAUCUGUGGUGGCGACUCGUUUCUCUGACAGGGACACCGAUGUUUCCACACCAAGGCCUGUUUCUCUGGAAACUGCAGAUGCUGAGGAGGUGUCAACUACAUCAGAGAAGACCACUCACGACCACAAAACCACCACAAACACUGACACCUCCACUGUUCCCUCUUACCUGCCCACUGACACAAUCACAGAAGCACUCAGGACUGAAGUCACAUCCUCCAGCCACACAACCACAGCUGUCGUGGGACCAUCCACGGUGUCCACAGAGAUGUUCACAGGAACAGACACCAGGCCGUCAGCUCAUGAAAUCAAGGAUACUACAGAGGCCUCAGUCCUGACCCUCACGGUUCCCCAAGGCCCCACACCACAGGGUUAUGUGAGCUCAGUUGUCCUGAACACCAGCCCUCAGGCAGAGAGUGACCCGGAUGUCACCCAGAGUCCCACACUCUCAGAGAGGACAUCCAGCAGGAACAUAGAGUCUGAGGAUGAGUCAUGGACAGAGGCUUCCUCUGGGACCGACACCAGCAAGACCCCCUUCCUUGUGUCCUCAGCUGACAGGACCUCACCAAUCCCAGUGUCCUCCAUAUUACCUCAGAGUACUGCUUCCUCUCCUGCUAUUGUGAUCUCACCUCUGACCUCUGACCUGCUGAAGACCUCAGACAUGGGGCUCACAAGCCUGGGACUGGGAACCAGCUUACCACCAUGCUCGAGCAGCUCCACAGUUGAUACACAAGUCACCUCUGCAGCUACCUCCCCUCCAGGGACAAUUCAGCUACCUCAAGUCACAACGGAUUCCACAGAGCCCACCAGUGAGAAGGAGCUUCCUACCUCAGUCUCCCCUGAGCAGGAACCAUCACAGUACACAGCCUUGCUCCUAACUGACACCAAGGCACAUGCCACCAUUUUCCCAGCCACAUCUGAAUCUUCUGGGACGGCAAAGUUGGAGUUUCCAUCAACUCCAUCCUUGAGGAGCACUGAGGAGAUUGUCACCUCCCGGAAGACCAGCGGGAACACAGAGACAAUCUCUGUCACUUCUGGGCUUCCUACAGGGACUUCGUCUGAGAUGGAGCCUUCCUCUGGGGCAGACACCAGCACUGCCGCCUCUUCCGUGCUGUCAGCUGAUGGGACUUCACCAAUCCCAGUCUCCUCCACAUUACCUCAGACGAAGUUGGAAGUUCCGUCAACUCCUUCCCCGAGGAGCCCUGAGGAGAGCAACCCCUCCCAGCAGACCAGCAGGUCCACAGGGACUCCAUAUGAGGCACUUGGAACAGAUGUCACCUCAUCCAGCACAAUAUCCAUCCAUGACCUGGCUCAGUCCACACUGUCACCAGACUUUGCCACAGGAUCUAGCACCAGGUUCUUUAGCUCUACCAUCAUGGUUAAACCUACAGAAAUGACCAUGACCACCCACCUAGGAGGACAGACCAUCACCUCCCAGGAGACCAGCAGGAACACAGAGGCAAUCCCUACCCUUUCUGGGCUUCCCAAGGGAGCUCCCUCUGAAGCACUCGGCACAGAUGUCACCUCCUCCAGCAUAAGCUCCGUCUCUGGCCAAGCUCUCUCCUCACUGUCACCAGACAUUGCCACAGGAUCCAGCAUUGGGCUCUCUAGCUCCAGUCUCAUGUUCGAAUCUAAAGAAACAACCAUCCUCGCCCACACAGAAACAAGCACUGCCACCUUCUCUGUGCCCUCAGCUGAUGGGACCACACCUGCCCCACAUUCAUCGACAGUCUCUGGGACUCGACCUUCCUCUGCUGCAAGUUCAGUGUCACCCUACAUCUCUGGGCAGUUUGAAAACACUAAUGUGGCAGACACAAGUUUGGGGACUGACCCUGGUUACUCCAAAGCCACCUCUUCUGUGGGAACUCCUUCCACCCAAAGUCACAGUGCUGUCCCCACACCUGGGCCAACCUUAUCUGAAUCUACUGAAAUUAAGACUGAGUCUACUCCUUCUCUUGGAACUCAGGAGACCAUCACCUCCCAGCAGACCACCUGGAGUAGAGAAACAACUCCUGUCCUUUCAUAUCUUCACACUGGGACUCCAUCUGAGACAAUGGAGACAGAUGUCACCUCCCCAAGCGAGACCAUCACCUCCCAGCAGACCACCUUGAGUAGAGAAACAACUCCUGUCCUUUCAUAUCUUCCCACUGGGACUACAUCUGAGACAAUGGAGACAGAUGUCACCUCCCCAAGCGUGACCUCAUUCACUGGCCCGGCUCAAACCACACCAGACUUUGCCACAGGACACAGCACCAGGUUUUCUAGCUCCACCGCUGAUGGAACUUCACCUGGCCCAAAGUCCUCCAGUGUCUCUGAGACUCGCCCUUCCUCUACUGCAAGUUUAGUGUUACCCCACACCUCUGUGUCAUCUGAGAGCACUAAUGUGGCAGGUACAAGUUUGGGGGCUGGUACUACUUCACAUUCAAGUUGGAGAAGUACCAUAAAGACACUAGACUCUUCUGAAGCCACCACAGGGAGUGAGGUGACUCCUGCUUCCAAAAUUACAGAGGGAACCAGUGUGGACACCACCAGUUCUGGUUAUGAAUCUCAUUCCUCACCUGACCCUGCUUACUCCAAAGUCACCUCUUCUGUGGGAACUCCUUCCACUCAAACCUUAUCUGAAUCUACUGAAAUUAAGACUGAGUCUGCUCCUUCUCUUGGAACUCAGGAGACCAUCAUCUCCCAGCUGACCACCUUCAGUAGAGAAACAACUCCUGUCCUUUCAUAUCUUCCCACCGGGACUCCAUCUGAGACAAUGGAGACAGAUGUCACCUCCCCAAAGCCUUCCUCUGUGGCAGACACCAGCACUGCCACCUUCUCUGUGCCCUCAGCUGCUGUGACCUCACCCGCUCCACAUUCCUCUACAGUCUCUUGGACUCACCCUUCCUCUGGACCCACCUCGUCUGAUUCAACAGAACUUGAGGCUGAGUCUAUUCUUUCUCUUAGCACCCAAGAGACUGUCACCUCCCAGCAGACCAACUUGAGCACAAGGACAACCCCUUCCACGAUGUCCCCAAUUAUGCCCACGGAAUUCAGCACCAGGCUUUCUCCUUCCUCUGAUAUGGCAAAACCUCCAGAAAUGACCAUCACUCCUGGCAUGGGCUCCACUGGCUCUGCAUCCCUGGGAACACUCAGUUCCGACAUCUCAACCUCAAGCUCCUGGGCAACUGUGUUGCCUUCCGUGAUCCCUUCCAUGGAAACACUGGCCACGGAGGCCAGGGAGACCAUGGAGGCCACGGAGGCCACGGCUUCCCUCAACACCACCCCAAUGCUGGGCAUCAGCUCAGCAGCCUCCUCAGCUAAUCCCCUUUCGUCCACGCAGUCAGGCCCUGGGGGUGCUCUGGAGUCCACCAUUUCUGCGACCUGGCCUUCAUCUGAUUCCUCAUCCUCGCCCACCUUCACUUCCGUGGACUCUUCUAGCAAUUCAGCCCUCCAAAGCAUUAGUUACUUUCCAACUACCCCACUUCCUGGAGGCACCAGCGUGGGGGCAGAGACCAGCUCCAAAGAAGGACCCUUGGACAUGGCCAGCACUUUGCAGACGUGGCUCCCCACAGUACGGACCACUGGAUCACCCAACCCAGUGACCAGAGAGACAGAGAGUGUUGACUCGGGAACCGGGACCAGAGCUACUCAAGUUCCUUCAUAUUCUACUCCACUGACAAGGACCGAUGGUGUUGUGGAACGCAUCACACAGACACCUCAUGCAACAGGACCUGGAGGCACGUCUGAGUCAGUCCCACCUUCCCUGGCAUCCACACCAUCAGCCACUCUCAGCGAGACCACGGGGCUUACUGAGACAAGCACCCAUGUCCCGACUUCCACGGUUUUUCCUCCUGUCCCAGAGGCCACGUCCAGCUCGCUGAUCCCCCGACCCGAGCUGGACACCAGCUCAGCUCCUGUGGCCCAGACCGAGACCCAUGGCCUUCCAGAAACAGCAUCAUCUGCCACCGUCCCCGUCACCCCUGGGACCAGCAGUAGCCACGGAGGGUCAAUGGCCUCACCAGGCCUCUUUCCACAAACGUCCUCACCCCCCACCAGCCCUGCCACGGCCCUGUCCACGGCUCCCUCAACUUCCUCCCUCUCGCCCAGCAGUACAAGUCCCUCCUCUCUGUCCACCUCCUCGGAUGUCCUCAGCCCCACCAGUGUCCCCUCAGCCACAAGCCAGGAGCCACCUCCCAUGGACACCUCCUGGAGUUCCCGCCCCCCAGCCCCUGUGACUUCAGUCGGACCCCCGGCAGUGUCCCAGACUGUCACAAGGGAUAUUAUGACCUGGGGGCCAUCACAGAGCCCCACCACCCCCAAAAAGAGUCAGGGGGAAGGAUUGAGCCUGACCCCUGGACUGGGAACCACCACACCCGAGACCACGCAUGUAGCUGCCACGGAAUCGAGCUUCCUCGUCACCGUCAGCGCCCCGGACACUCCCGAGAGCUCUACCCUGGCGUCUGGGAGCUUGGCCCCAGAAACAACUGCGGUUUCCUCCUUGAUGCUUUUCACCGUCAACUUCACCAUCACCAACCUGCGCUACAGGGACGACAUGGGGAACUCCGGCUCGUCGAUCUUCAAGGCCACCGAGAGAUCCCUGCAGGGCCUGCUGGGGUCUCUGUUGAAGAACAGCAGCGUCGGGCCUCUCUACGAAAGCUGCCAACUCACCUGGCUCAGCUCCUUGGAGCAGAGCAGACCCAAGGGCCUGAUGUGGAAACUCGUGCUGGCUGUGUGGCCGGGGGAAAGCCGCACAACCUCUCUGUUCUCUGGGAAGCAAUGGAAGGAGUGUUCUCUGGGGUCUGCCGGUCGCCAAUGCGCCUUCCCUGUGCUCCCCAGGCCUGAGAAGGAGGGAGCAGUUACCGGAGUCGAUGUCGUCUGUAGCUACCAGCCGGGCCCCCCGGGGUUCAGGCUGGACCGAGAACGUCUAUACUGGGAGCUGAGCCAGCAAACACAGGACGCUACCCACCUGGGCCCCUACACUCUGGACAGGAGCAGUCUCUGUGUCAACGGUUAUAAUCACUGGUACUGGAGCCCGGCCACGAGCAGUGAGUACCAAACCUUCUCCAGCUCCACAGAUUUUGAUGUCAGUUCAGCCCUGGUGCCCUUCACCCUCAAUUUUACCAUCACCAACCUACACUACACCCCAAACAUGAGCCAGCCAGGAUCGGCCCAGUUCCUCUCUCUCCAGAGGACGCUCCAAUACCUGCUCAAGCCUCUGUUUGAGAAAACUAGCCUGGGCUCGACGUACUCUGACUGCAGGCUGAUUCUGCUCAGGACUGAGGAAGAUGACAGUGCCACAGGAGUGGACGCCGUGUGCACCUACCGGCCUCCUGCCUCGGGGCUCAGACUGGACAGAGAGGUGCUGUACCAGGAAGUGAGUGAGCUGACCCACAGCGCUAGCCAGCUGGGCGUCUACACCCUGGACAGACGCAGCCUCUACAUCAACGGUUACAACCGUUGGUUCUGGACGCCAACGACCAGCACGGGGACCCCUGCCCUGGUGCCCUUCACCCUCAACUUCACCAUCACCAGCCUGAACUACACAGAGGGGAUGAGGGAGCCAGGCUCCGAGAUCUUCAACCUGACCGAGCGGAUCCUGACGCGCCAGCUCCGGGUCUUGUUCCAAAACAGCAGCCUCGGGCUCCACUACUCGGGCUGCAGAGUGACCUGGCUCAGGUGAAAGCGCCGGGCCAUCGGAGUCAGUUCUGUCUGCACCUACCGUGCCGAGCCCCACAGCCCGGGGCUGGACCGUGAGCAGCUAUACUGGGAGCUGGACCGAGAGACACAGGGUGUCACCCAGCUGGGCCCCUUCAGCCUGGACAGGGACAGCCUCUAUGUCAAUGGGUACACGCACAGGAUCCCCUUCUCCACCCCCAGCACUGUGAGGUUACGGUGGGCUGGCUUGGAUACUUCUCUCCCACCCACUCCUGCAGCCCCUGGCCCUGUCCUGAUGCCGUUCACCAUCAACUUCACCAUCACCAACCUGCGCUACGAGGAGGAGAUGAAUCACCCUGAAUCCAGAAUAUUCAACAAAACGGAUCUGGUCCUGCAGCCCCUACUCCGGGCCGCGUUCCACAAUACCAGCGUGGGCCCCUACUACUAUGGCUGCAGGUUGACCCUGCUUAGGCCCGAGAAUGAUGGGGCAGCCACAAGUGUGGACCUGGUCUGCACCCACUACCAGGAUCCCACAGGACCUGAGCUGGACAGGGAGCAGCUUUACCAGGAGCUAAAGCAGCAAACCCAGGAUGCAAGCCUGCUGGGCCCUUACAGCCUGAACCCCAACAGUCUCACCGUCAAUGCCUCUGGCCUUGCGCUGGUGCCAUUCACCAUCAACUUCACCAUCACCAACCUGCCCUAUGUGGAGGAGAUGCAUCUCUCUGGUUCCAGCAUAUUUGAAGCCACAGACCAGGUCCUGCAACUGCUGCUCCAGCCCCUGUUGCAGAACUCCAGCUUGGGACCCCACUACUUCGGCUGCAGGACUGGCCCAGCUCAGGUAAGGCUGUGGAACACCUGUGCCAAGAUGCCACCCCGGCCCGAGAACGAUGGAGCUGCCACGGCCACGGACAUGGUCUGCUCCUACUACUCCCCUGGCCCCGAGGAGAGCGGGCUGGACAGGGAGCGGCUGUACUGGGAGCUUGACCAGCAGACACAGGGCGUCUCCCAGCUGGGGCACUACACGCUGGACAAGAACAGUCUCUACGUCGAUGGUUUCACCUCCCAGAACCCAGCCACGACCCCCCAAAGUGAGUAUGGGGAGGGUGGGCAUGCCGGGCAUUUCUCGUCCAUCCCAACACCCCCACCCCCUGCAGCCUCUGGCCUUGUGCUGGUGCCAUUCACCAUCAACUUCACCAUCACCAACCUGCCCUAUGUGGAGGAGAUGCAUCUCUCUGGUUCCAGCAUAUUUGAAGCCACAGACCAGGUCCUGCAACUGCUGCUCCAGCCCCUGUUGCAGAACUCCAGCUUGGGGCCCCACUACUCUGGCUGCAGACUGGCCCAGCUCAGGCCCGAGAACGAUGGAGCUGCCACGGCCACGGACAUGGUCUGCUCCUACUACUCCCCUGGCCCCGAGGAGAGCGGGCUGGACAGGGAGCGGCUGUACUGGGAGCUUGACCAGCAGACACAGGGCGUCUCCCAGCUGGGGCACUACACGCUGGACAAGAACAGUCUCUACGUCGAUGGUUUCACCUACCAGAACCCAGCCACGACCCCCCAAAGGCUGACACCCUCGACUUCGACCCCCGUGGCCAACACGGUCCCUGUGUCCACACCCCCUGGCUCAGUCAUGGUGGCAUUCACCCUCAACUUCACCAUCACCAACCUGCCCUAUAAGGAGGACUUGAAUCGUCCAGGCUCCAUAAUCUUCAACAACACAGAGAGGACCCUACAGCAGCUGCUCCUGCCCCUGUUCCGGAGCACCAGCCUGGGGCCCCGCUACAAUGGCUGCAGACUGACCCAGUCCAGGUCUGAGAAGAAUGGAGCAGCCACGAGGGUGGACCUCAUCUGCACCCAAUUCUCUGACCCCUCGGCUACAGAGCUGGACGAGGAGCGGCUGUACUGGGAAGUGAGGCAGCAGACUGGGGGUUUCUCUCAGCUGGGGCCCUACACACUGGACCGGGACAGUCUGUACAUCAAUGGUUACCACCGCCCCACCUUCACCACCACCACCACCGACAGAAGCCUUCAUCCUACCCUGGUGCCAUUCACCCUCAACUUCACCAUCACCAACCUGCCCUAUGAGGAAGACAUGCGGCAUUCUUAUUCCAGAAUAUUCCACAACUUGGAUCAAAUCCUGCAGCAACUGCUCCAGCCCCUGUUCUUGAACACCAGUUUGGGGUCCCGCUACUAUGGAUGCAGACUGACCCUGCUCAGGUCCCAGGAUGGUGGGGUGGCCACUGCCGUGGACAUAGUCUGCCUCUACAGCCCGGACCCGGUGGGCAGGGAGCUGGACAGGAAGCAUCUGUACGAGGAGCUCAGCCAGCACACACACGGCGGCUCCCAGCUGGGGCCCUACAUGCUGCAGCCAGACAGUCUCAUAGUGGACGGUUACAGCCGCAAGCACCUCUGGACCACCCCCACAAAACUCUCUGCGCCUGCCCUGGUGCCAUUCACCCUCAAUUUCACCAUCACCAACCUCCGCUACACUGACGACCUGCAGUCACCUAGGUCAGACAAGUUCGGCAGAGUGGAGAAGCUCCUGCAACACCUGCUCCGGUCUGUGCUGAAAAACACCAGCCUGGGGCUCCUGGAGGGCGAGUGCAGACUGACCUCCCUCCGGCCUGAGAAGGACGCUGCAGCCACGCGAGUGGACUUGGUCUGCAGCCGCCGCCCUGACCCCGCGGGCCUGGAGCUGGACAGGGAGCAGCUGUACAGGGAAGUGAGCCGGCUGACCGGGGGGCUCUCGCAGCUGGGCCCCUACACCCUGGACCCCGAGACUGUCUACGUCCACGGUUAUACCCACCGGACUUCCAGCCCUGCCCCCAGUACGCCAGGACCACCCCCGAUCUUCUUCACCCUCAACUUUACCAUCACCAACCUCCGCUACACUGUGGACAUGAGGCCCCUGGGCUCCCUGAAAUUCAACACCACCGAAACAGUCCUGCAGUUUCUGGUAAGACCGUUGUUCCGGAACACCAGUGCGGGCCCCUUGUUCUCCGGCUGCCACCUCACCCUGCUCAAGCCUGAGAAGCACAGCACCGCCACGGGAGUUGACAUGGUCUGCACCCGCCACACUGGCUCCUUGGACCCGGCACUGGCCCCGGAGCAGCUGUACCAAGAGCUGAGCCAGCUGACUGGGGGCGCGUCCCAGCUGGGCCCCUACACCCUGGACCGGGGCAGCCUGUACAUCAGCGGUUACACCCAGCUGGUCCCAGCCACCACCCCUGAGACAGCUGUUGCCCCGAUCUUGGCGUCCUUCACCCUGAACUUCACCAUCACCAACAAGCACUACAGCAAGGACAUGAAGUUCCCGGGCUCCCCGAAGUUCACCUCCACCGACAGGAUCCUCCAGCAACGGCUCAGCCCUUUGCUCGCCAAGACCUUCCUGGGUCCCUUUUAUGCUGGCUGCAGACUGGAGUCACUUAGGCGUGAGUACAGAGGCAGUGCCACAGGCGUGGACCUGGUCUGCGGCUACUACACGGACUCUGCAGGCUCCAAGCUGGACCGGACCGAGCUGUACUGGGAGCUCAGCCUGCUCACGCGCGGCGUCAACCAGCUGGGCCCCUUUGCCCUGGACAGGAAGAGCCUCUGCGUGAACGGUUAUGGCUUCGAAGCCGCGGUGCCCUCCACCUCCACCGGGAGGCCCUCCGAGAAGCUCUUCACGGUGAACUUCACCAUCGACAACCUGCGCUACGCCUUGGACAUGAGCCAGCCAGGCUCUCCCAAGUUCAACAUCACUGACAAAGUCUUACAGUACCUGCUCAACCCGAUGUUCUUCAAGAGCAGCCUAGGGGCCCGCUUUGGGGGCUGCAAGGUCAGCACUCUGAGGCCAGUGGAGAACGGAGCCAAGACGGGCGUGGACAUGACCUGCACCUACGCCCAGGCCCCCCGCGCCCCAGAGCUCCCUGCCGAGCGGCUGUUCCACGAGCUUAGCUGGCAGACCCAGGGCAUCACCCAGCUGGGCCCCUACUCCCUGGACAAGGACAGCCUGUAUCUCAAUGGUUACAAUGAGCUGGGUCCAGAGGAGAUGCCUGCAACUCCGGAACCGGCCACCACAAUCCUGCCCACUUCAUCAUCAACCCUGCUGCCAGAAACCACCACGGCACCGGGACCCCGCCUGCAAAGCCUCACCCUCAACUUCACCGUCGCCAACCUCCCCUACUCCACGGACAUGAGCUUCGGUUCCGCUAAAUUCAACAGCACUGAACGGAUCCUUCAGGGCCUGCUUGAACCUUUGAUCCAGAGGAGUGUCUUGGGUCCCUUCUACUCUGUCUGUCACCUGACCUCGCUCAGGCCAGAGGAGGACAGGGUGGCAACCAGCGUGGACAUGCUCUGCAUGUACCACUCUGACCCCCAGAGCCUGGGGCUGGCCCGGGAGCGGCUAUACUGGGAGCUGUACCAGCUGACCCAAGGCGUCCAGCACUUGGGUCCCUACAACCUGAUUCAGGACAGCCUGUUGGUGGAUGGCUACGAACCCCACAGGGCCUCUCUGCACAGAGAAUUCCAGCUCCAUUUCCGCAUCGUCAACUGGAACAGCGGUGACCCCGGCUCUCCGGAAUUCAUAGCCCUGGAGAGGGACAUUCAGGACAAGGUGACGGAGGUCUACGCAGGCAGCCGGCUCCGGGACGCCUUUCUCUCCUGUCUGCUCACCAACAGGACGUUGCAUCCCCUGUGGGUCACCGUUUCAGCCCUUUUCUCCUCUGAUGUGGACCUCGAGGAGGUGGCGGGGGUCUUCCUGAACAGGACCCUGAAUGCCUCUUCCCACUGGCUGGGCUCCACCUACCAGCUGGCCGACGUGCAUGUGACAGGUCCACCCACCAUCAGCCCCAGCUCCCAGCACUUCCAGCUGAACUUCACUGUCACCAACCUGCCCUAUUCCCGCGACCUGGCCAAGCCGGGCACUGCCCAGCACCUGCGGAACAAGAGAGGCCUGGAGGAUGCGCUCAACCGGCUCUUCCGAAACAGCAGUAUUAAGAGCUAUUUUUCAAACUGUGAAGUUUUAGCGUUCAGGCCUGUCCCCAGUAACCGGCACACGGGGGUGGAUUCCCUGUGUGACUUCUUGCCCCUGGCGCGGAGACUGGACCGCGUGGCCAUCUACGAGGAGUUCCUGAGACUCACCCAGAACGGCACCCAGCUCCAGAACUUCACCCUGGAUGGGAAGAGUAUCCUGGUGGAUGAACUCCCCUUCUGGGCCAUCAUCCUCAUCGGCCUGGCCGGACUCCUGGCGCUCAUCCUCUGCCUCCUCUGCUGCUUCCUGGUCACCAUCUGCUUGAGGAAGAAGGAGGAAGAUUACGAGGUCCAGCGUCGCCAGCUCUAUUACCUGCCCCAUCUAGACCUGAGGAAGCUGCACUGA